AUGAGUCACAUUCGAGAGCCUCCUCAUGACCCCCAAUCUCUCAUCGCCCGUGUAGGAGGCAUCUGGGCCGGUGCAGAUCUUCAGUUCACCUUUCAGAAUGAAGUCGCACAACUCCUCGGGCGCGGUAGCCGUUCUUUCCCUGGCGCGCAACCCGUCUCUUUUGCCGGCAAACAUCUUCAGGAGUUGAAAAACCAGGAUUACUACGUUUGUGAAAAGACGGACGGCCUGCGCUAUUUGAUGUAUUUGAGCGAAGACCAGGGCAAAGGGAUUCACUAUCUCAUCGAUCGCAAGAACGACUACUAUUACGUCUCUGGCCUCCAUUUCCCUCAUCAUGAUGAUAAGUCCUUCAACAAAUUCCACACUGGUACAAUCCUCGAUGGAGAGUUGGUAGAAGACAAAUUCCCAGACCGGCCGUCAGUCAUUAAAUACCUGGUGUUUGACUGUCUGGUCCUGGACCACAACUCACUUCUUCAACGUCCACUUGACAAACGCUUGGGCUAUUUCAAGGCCCAUGUCCUCGAGCCCUACAGAGCCCUCUUCAAAGCCCAUCCAGACUCCCCCCGACCAUUUGUGGUUGAAGACAAGUCGACAGAGUUCAGCUACGGCUUAGAAAAGAUGUUCAAGGAAAUCAUUCCGAGGGUUAAACAACUCCAUGGCAAUGACGGUCUUAUCUUCACCUGCAAGAACACCCCGUACAAGUCGGGCACGGACGAACAUACACUUAAGUGGAAACCUCCGUCCGAAAACACCGUCGACUUCCUCAUGCAUAUAGAAUGGCCGCUCUACGAACCCGAGCCCGACGACCCGGACCAAUCCCGUCAACCCGAUUUCCACGCCUUUCCAUCUCAGUUCGGCCUGUAUAUCAAUCACGGGAGUGACAAGUACGCUUACGUGGACGACCUGUAUGUGUCACCCGAGGAAUGGGAGGAAUGGAAGUCGCUCAACCGACCAUUACAGGAUUCCAUUGUUGAAUGCUUCCAAGAGGAUGUCCUCAAGGACCACGUCGUCCAGAAUGGCGACACAAAUGGCGACAUGGCGACAGCGACCGGGAACCGCCGGCGCUGGCGCUUUCACCGCUUUCGUUACGACAAGACUGACGCCAACCAUAUCAGCACAUAUGAGAGUGUCAUCCAGUCUAUUCACGACCAUGUUACGGAGGAAGACCUCCUCGCUAAUGCUGAAGGAAUUCGCUCGGCCUGGAAAAUAAGAGACGCGGCAGCAAAGCAGAAACGUUCUCUUGGCCCGAAAUCUUGA